CGCAGGAGCGCGAAGGUGGCCGCGCUUCGUGUUCUGCAGCCGGGGCUGGAGAGGUCCCCUGGGGGCGGCAACAAGGGCGCAAGGACAACCGCGCAGCACGAGUCGUGAGGCGCGAUUUCCAAGGGAAGACUUGCAGCCUUCAGCCUGGGCUCAGGCUGCCACAGCUUGAGGUGGCCCGCCUGUUCUCGCGGGCGGUCGCGCUCUGCGGCGGCGGACGGGCACAGAGAAGCAAUGGAUCCGUCGGCCUCGCGCGGCGACCUCCAGGUAAUCGGCGCGGGCUGCGGCCGCACCGGCACGGCUUCCCUGAAGAGGGCCCUAGAGAUCCUCGGCUUCGGGCCGUGCUAUCACAUGUUCGAAGUCGUCGCGAGAGGUCACUCGGCGCGUUGGGAGGAAGCCUUCGCGCAGCCCAUCAAGGCCGAUUGGAAGGCCCUGGUUGCGGGCUUCCCCUCUGCGGUGGACUUCCCGGCGUCGCUGGCUUAUGUCGAGCUGAUGGCAGCCUUCCCCAAAGCCAAGGUAAUCCUCUCGCUGCGUGACUCCCAGAGCUGGUCAAAGAGCGUGCGCGAGACCAUUUGGUCCCCCUACGCUGCGGAGCUCUCGUGGGUGGUCUGGCCGUUCAUGCGCACCUUCCAGCGCAUGACCGCGCUAAUGCGGGCGCGAUUCUUCGAGGACGCGGACGGCGGUGUCGCCUCGGGCGCUGUUUUCGAUGACAAGGCAUUGCAGGAGCGUUUCGAGGCCUGGAAUGCGCGGGUGAUCGACACCGUGCCCGAGGAACGCUUACUCGUGUUCCGGGCUUCGGACGGCUGGGGUCCGCUGUGCAAGUUCUUGGACGUCGCCGAACCCUCGGAGGACUACCCACGGGUCAACGACACCGACGCGUUCAAGGAGAGGAUAAGCAAACGAUGGUGGAAAGCGGUUGCCAUCGAAGCUGGCGUGUUAUUGCUGGCCGUCGGUGGUGCAGUAGCGAUCAUGAGGCGUCGCGGGUGAGGUUACGCUAUGCUCCGCCUGGCAGUCGAAUUGUCGGUGGAGGUCUGGCGUUAAAUUGGGAAGGUCAGCUUGCUUCCUUGCUUUCUUGUUUAUUACCCACCCCCUUACUACAACGC